CCCAAGGGCACCGGGGGCUGAACCGAUGGGACCGAGCCGCGGGCACCGAGCCCCGGGCACCGAGCCGCGGGCACCGAGCCGAUGGGACCGAGCCGAUGGGACCGAGCCGCGGGCACCGAGCCGAUGGGACCGAGCCGCGGGGACCGAACCGAUGGGACCGAGCUCCGGGCACCGAGCCGAUGGGACCGAGCCGCGGGCACCGAGCCGAUGGGACCGAGCCGCGGGGACCGAACCGAUGGGACCGAGCUCCGGGCACCGAGCCGAUGGGACCGAGCCGAUGGGACCGAGCCGAUGGGACCGAACCGAUGGGACCGAGCCCCGGGCACCGAGCCGAUGGGACCGAGCCGCGGGGACCGAACCGAUGGGACCGAGCUCCGGGCACCGAGCCGAUGGGACCGAGCCGAUGGGACCGAGCCGAUGGCACCGAGCCGCGGGCACCGAGCCGCCGGAGCGCCGGCCGCGGGCCCGGGGCGGCGGCACUCGUGUGGCGCGCUCAGCCGCGGCCAGACUCGGUCACUCGCAGUCCUCGAUGCUUUCGCUUCCCCCGAGCUCUGGACACGCUGGAGGGGAGCGAGCAGCCCUCGGUCCUGCUCUGCCCCGUGCGCCCCGGGGCCGGAGAGAUGCUUCGACCACUUCCCUGCCUGCCCGACUCCCGAAGGUGUCGCGGCGUAGAGGGACCAGCUAAACCAGAAACUCUUUGAACAGGUAGAUGGAGGCUUGGAAAAAUAGCGAACAUGUGCUGACAGAACAGCUGUGGCCUAGAGAAAGGUGUCUCUGUGCAUCCCGGCCCGUAAGAGCCGCUGCUCCCUGCAGGAAUUCUUCAGCUGCUUGGACAAUUAAGGGGGUAGUGACACCCUCUGCUGUUUGAACAUUUGGCUACGAUUCAUAUGAUCUCGAAAAAAUGACAAAAGAGCUACAAGACCAUGUUGAGAAAGUUACUGUUCCAUACAGGUAUCCUCAUAAGGACAACAAAAAAAUGCUCUGCCAUGAUUUGGGCCACCAUUUGACACACAGAGUUUUUUGGCUCUUCGACCACAGUUACACAGAGGGGGAGUUG